UUCAGCUGAAACGAGUGACUAAUAAAGUGAUUAGAAACGCUGGAUGGCGCUUUAAGGGAAGUGGGGCUGGUCGGCUUCCGACUUCACUGGGUUAUUUUCUUUGUACGUCUUCAGCAUCGUACUGUGAUUUUAUAAUGGCGCAGGAAUUCGUACAGAGUCACAUAAAAGGCAAUAAAGUUGUUUUGUUCAUGAAGCCGCCAUGUCCAUACUGUGUAAUGGCGAAGGAAGUCUUGUUAAAGUACAACUUUAAACCCGGACACUUUGAAAUGAUUGAUAUCAGUGGACGGAACGAUAUGGGAAGCAUUCAGGACUACCUGCAACAGAUAACCGGGGCUCGUACGGUGCCUCGAGUCUUCAUUGGGGAGAAGUGUGUUGGCGGAGGAACCGAUGUCGAAGAGCUGGACAACACUGGGGAACUGCAGGGCCUGCUAGAAGCCGUCGGUGCCCUGCAGUAAACGCCUCAAACGCCCACAGCUCCCCAGUCUGUCUGUUCCUCAGCGCACUUCCUGAUCACAUGACGGAGCAGCGUGACUUGCGUAGCUGCCGCCGGCACUGCUGAUAUUCGCUGAGCUGCUGCAGGUAUCCCCUGGAUGGCCACCGCAACCUCUCCACCUGUUCCCUCUCCUCCUCUGCGAAUGUAGCCAGAAAUAUAUGCUCCACCUAUUCUGCUAACAGCCACUAUCAAAAGGCAGUUAAAACAUACCUAAAAUGCUUAGCUGAUGCAUCUGUUCACCUUUUAGAAUCAGAACAAUGUUGUUAUCUCAGUGGAAAUUGCUUAGCACUAGUUUACUUUUCAUGGAUUACAUAUUUACCAUGGAUUUGAUAUGAAUAUGGGCUACGGUUCUGUACUACAGAGCUAAAGCCGAUGUAAUUGUGCUUUUCUGAAUAUUCUGAUCUAGAAGCAUGUAAAACAAUAAAUAUGUAUCAAUCCAAA